AUGUCAACGCAGACUACCACCGAGAGUAAACCUCUAAUUGGGAAAGCGGGUUCUCUACUACUCAUCGCUGGCGGUACGACAGUCCUAAGUAGCAAAGCAAUCCAAGUGAAAAUGGAAGAAAUUGCUUCUCACAGUACAACCAUUUUAGCAAUCCUCUUACCUCUGCUCCUACUCCCUCUCUUGCUUUACACUCGCUUGGCGAUCCCACUUCGAUUCGCCUACAACUGCUUCAUCAAACCGUUCUUCGUGCCCUCAAAGCAUCUGAUCAGUGCUCAAGAUGCCCACAAAGCGAAGCUCGAAGCGUUCUAUUCCGGACAAGCAGACCUGUAUGAUUCCACUAGAAGUUCUCUCUUGAAAGGAAGAGAGAACAUGUUGGCUUUAUUGGCUGCUCAUCUUAAAGCUCAGCCUGAACCUUUAUCUUUACGUCAGUCUGGUCAGGGCAAGAAGAAGAUCUGGGUGGAUCUUGGUGGUGGUACAGGAUGGAAUAUCGAGAAAAUGGAUGAAUAUCUCCCUUUGACAUAUUUCGAUUCCAUUUACCUCAUCGACUUAUGUGAACCUCUGUUGGAAGUUGCUCGAGCGCGAAUCAAAGCUAGAGGAUGGAAGAACGUCCAUGUCCUUUGCCAAGAUGCUAGUAAUUUCGUACUCCCAGAAUGGGAAAGUGGUGAGAUGGAUCCUAGAGGCAGUUUGAGAGCUAUCACCAUGAGUUAUUCACUUUCUAUGAUUCCACCUUUUUAUCAGCUCCUGGAUAGAUGCGAUCAAGUGCUGGACCCUCAGAGAGGUCUGAUGGGUGUGGUAGAUUUUUAUACUUCCAGAGAUGGAGGUAAUAAGGAACGUGCGAUCGGCACAGCCAGUAAAAGGGUAUCAUGGUUGGCUAAGUGGUUUUGGGAAUGCUGGUUUUCCCUCGAUGGUGUUAACCUUCAUGCAUCGAGAAGAGACUAUCUUGAAUAUAAAAUGGGUACUAUCAAAACUUAUAAUGCUCGUAAUAAUUUCCUCAACUCGUGGUUCAUCCAAAUUCCCUACUACGUCUUCGUAGGCUGUUCAAGAAGACGAGAUGCCUCUCUCGCCCUCGAGUCGUUCACCAAAGAAGCUGGGAAUCAAAAAGGUUUGAACACGUUUGGUUUGAGAACACCAAUUUCACCCUUUGGAACACCGCCACUAUCAUCACCCGAUACGUUCGGUAUGCCAAAUUUAGAUCUGGGUCCAAGCGCUUACAAUAAGUCGGAUACUCUCAUGAAGGGCAAAGAAGGGGAGAUCGAGAUGCAGGAGACUUUGGUGGAUGCUGGUGCACCUUUGAGUCCCUUUCAUUAUCAUUUGAAGAAGGCUUGGAGAGUACCCUACCUAGAAGAGAAAGUACACGAACAAUUCCGAACUCAUAUAUACGGCUGGACAUGGGAAGAUCCAGCUGUUGACGUGAAGAAAUUAAAAAUCAACAAGGACGAUCACAUUCUCGCUAUUACCAGUGCAGGCGAUAAUGUCCUACAUUAUGCCCUGGCAGCUAGUCCAGCAAGGAUCCAUGCGGUAGACAUGAACCCCUGUCAAGGUCAUAUACUAGAACUGAAGCUUGCCGCCAUCCACGCAUUGGAUUAUAAUGAUUUUUGGUUAUUGUUCGGUGAAGGUAGACAUCCGGAAUUUAGGAAACUGCUUACCCAGAAAUUAUCCCCUUAUCUCUCUUCACAUGCCUACGCCUAUUGGCUCUCUCAUGAUACUCAAUUCUCCCGAAACUUCUAUUUCCGAGGAUAUUCAGGAUGGGCUCUACGUCUAGCCCAAAUUGCAUUCUUCUUAUCUGGCGUACGAAAAGAUGUCAAGAAGAUCUGUAAAGCCAGUUCGACAGCUGAACAGGAGCAAAUCUGGAAUAAGAAGAUCAGACCAGUCUUCUUAGGUACAUGGAUGGUCAAGUUGUUUCUGGGCAAUCCAAUGUUCAAUUGGCACGCUUUGGGUGUACCUCAAAAUCAAAUGAACUGUUUCCUACAAGACGGUACAGUCGAAGAUUACAUCAAAGCUACUUUGGACCCUAUCCCCAGACUGACCACUCUGAAAGACGACAACUAUUUCUUCUUCCUGUGCUUGAACGGUCGAUAUACCCGAUCAUCAUGUCCUGCAUUUCUCAAGCCUGAAGGUUUCAGAGCCUUGAAGAAUGGUAAAGCGACUGAUGCGAUCAAGUCUCAUACCGAUACUAUCCUCAAUGUUCUAAGAGGAUUGCCAGAUGGGAGUCUCACCAAGAUAAUCGUCAUGGAUUCUAUGGAUUGGUUUGACCCCAUUGAUCCUUCUACACCUUUACCAAGCACCCCUUCCUCCGCCCUCGACACCCUCGACUCAACACCCGAAGCAUCCCUGGAACAUCUCCGUUCCGAGCUGGACUACGAGAUCAUCGAAAUGCUACGUGUCUUGUCGGUUGGCGGUCUCGCUAUAUGGCGAUCAGCGGCUAAAAGACCAUGGUAUAUCCAAAGAUUCCAAUUGGCCGGAUUUAAAGUUCAGCCUAUCGAUAUUAGGGAGGAUGGACAGGCGAUAGAUAGAGUCAAUAUGUAUGCUUCCUUCUGGAAAGCGGAGAAAAUAGCAUGA